GUUUUUGUCAUCGAUGGAUAUGACGGACGCGUUGAACCUCCUCACGAAGUAUGUCCCGUGGACGACGGCGGUGCUCCUCUGGACUUUGAACGAGGCGACCUGCUGGACCUUGGACGGCCGAUUAGUGACGUCAUACCGGGCUUCCUCAAACACAGACGUCUCCGAGGAAUACGAGCCGACUUCCGGAUUCGCCCAACAUCCGCCCAACGAUAACUCCACGACGACCGCCACGAAGGCCGCCAAGACAGCCAACCCAUUCUUGCUAGUAGCGCUGGUGGUUAGCGCCCUUUUGGUCCUGGUGCUGACUUUCGCGUACCUCAUUCGGAAGCACGAGCCCCAAGACGACGACCCCAACAUCAACUUCCAACAUCAGCAGUCCAACGUGGGCUUCGAGCCCGACUCCGAAGCCAAUUCAUCCAUGACACCCUUACCUCCGUCGUACGAUGACGUCGUCAAGGUGCCCUGGACCGUCUGGGCAGCCACACAGCAACAAGGAACCGGUGCCACUCCGCCACCGUCCUACGAAGACGUCCACAAGAUGUUCCCAUUUCCAAAGUGAUGGACCUUCAUCUAGUUCAAGAAGAGACUGGUUGAUUGCGGGGAUAUGAAAUCCCGGUCGUGAUGUCAGGCUGCCCGUCCAGGUGGCCAAUCCGAUGGCACGCCCAAUGGUACAUCCAGUGUCAGACGGAAUGGUACAUCCAGUGGUUCACCUGGUAGGGCUUGCAGUGGUGCGUCAUGUGUGACCUCGGAUGCCGUAUUCAGUAAAGGCACAUACAAUGGAAUACCCGGCGUGGCAUCUAGAGAUUCAUCCGGCGUUAUAUCUGAUACAAGGCCAGGUGGCACGUCCGAUUCAACACUCAGUGGCAUAACCGGUAGUGAACAGUGAUCAACCUACACUACAACGACAAUAGGCGCUAUAAUUCCCGUGGAGAACUUAGCAGUACAUUCAGCAGAUAAGGUGGAGUUACGCCUCACUCCGGAUGGAUUCCAGAACGGGCAGGUCACGUACUCCAGGCUGGUGAGUAUUGUGAACUCAAGCCAGAUACCAUGCCGAGUGUAGGUACGACGUGCUGUUACUGAAGGGUCCCCAAGCAACCUGACAGAGGACGUAGGGUGUUAAAAAGUGUUUGAUCAUCAUAAUGUGAAGUGUGAAGUGAAAUGGAGUGAAAUGAACGAGUGUUCGGUCAUCAUCAAAAGGAGUUCCAAAACUCAAACAUCGACUUGCAACGUUGGCUGUGUGGUCGAGAUUUUCAUUGGACCACGCAAAGCAGCAUACAAGCACGAUCUCUAAGAAUCACGGAACUUUGACAAUCAUACCUUAAAGGACACACAAAUAAAAUCAGUUCAAUUAUUA